AAGCCAACAGCAGUGUGUGCUCUGAACGCAUUGCUAAAGCCAAGGACUAUACAAAAAUAUCAAACCAAUAAAACUGGCUAACGGCUCCUCUACCCGUCCCAACGCAACUCAUCCAAUAAUAAAAUGUGCGCGAAAUUCGUUUGUGUUGUGCUCGUGGCCAGCUUUGUGUGCGGCGCUCUGGCUCUGCCCUCGCAGGACAGCAGCGAAAAGGACUUAGUGAAUUUGCUCAAUAAGCUGGAUAACGAGGAUUCGAUCCCAUUGUUUGGCGGCCUGCGCAUCGAUCGCACCGAAACCGGCCGCAGCUUCGGCUCCGCCAAGGGUCUCGAAUCGUUCGAGGAUCGUGCCGAACGCUAUCUGGAAACGCACGAGCUGAAUCUCUCGUUCUCCGGCGACGAGCAGGAUGAGAAUGCCGAGAAUGCAUACAGCGGACGUGCCAUGGAGGAGUCGCGCAGCAAGCGCAUGAAGAAGAUGCUGCUGCCCCUGCUGUUGAUCCUGAAGCUGAAGAAGGCGGUCAUCGUCAAGGUCAUGUUCACCAUCAUCAAGUUCAUCUCGCUGAAGGCUCUGGCCAUCUCCUUCCUUGCCCUCAUUCUGGCUGGUGCCACCUUCUUCAAGGACUUGCUGGCCAAGAAGAAGGACCACAUCACCACUGCCUACAUCACUGGCAGCCCAUUGAACGCCGAGAUCGUGCACUCCGACUGGAACCGCAACGGUCAGGCCAGCGCUGCCGAUUUGGCCUACAACCAUUAUGGUCUGGCUCAGCCCUUCUAAGCGCUGCUCCACAAUCCCAUCCACCAAAUCAUUCAAGAACUUUCCAUUCUAAUUUCUCCCGCUCUAUACGCUCUCCCUUUCCCUCGCUGUCCCUUUCCCCUUUCUUACCCCUUCCCCUCUCUAAAGACUUAAACCUCCCACAUGGCUAAACUUGUUGUAGUGUUGUAGUCAAUAAUUAUUUAGUUUAACUUAGUUAGUUAGCUGCGACAUACCAAAAACCAAAAAACAAAAAAAAAAUGAAAAGAAAAAAGAAAAAGUAGAAAAGAAAAGAAGAG